AUGGCGAUCGUACAAGCCAAGCGGGUCAAACCUGACCCCACUGUUGAAGAUACACCCCAUGUCAAGGAACGCGAAAUACCCAAAUGGAACUGCAACCAGAUCCGAACCAAGAUCCGCAACUUCCUAGCCACCAAAGAGCUAACACGGUCAGCGUUUCUAGGCCUCCUCCACAUUGAACCGACCGAUUUCCGGGAGUUCAUGCGCUUGACCGGCGGAGAGGUCAACUCAACGUAUAUUGGUGCGACUAUUUUCUUCGAUCGCUCUGGCGCAUCCAACGUCGUGUACCGUACAGCCUAUGUGUUCUUCGAGAAGAAACGUAUUCUGGAGGGCAAGCCAAAGUCAGUCAAGCGUCUGGCAAACGAGGAUCUACAGGGCCCUGACGGUUUUCCUUUGGAUCAUAGUCCGAAUUGGCAUUUUAUCGAGAAAGUAUUAAAUGGCUACUAA